AUGGACAAUCCUCUCGAUCAAAUGACCCAUCUGAAAGCGGAGAGCCUUGAAUCUCUGCCCCCUCAAACUACUCGAAUCCCUGCCGGCCAAUAUGCAGUCAAAGGCACGAAGGAAAUGCAAGUGCCACGCCAAGGCGAGGUGAGGGACGAAAAUGCAGUCAGGGCUGACAUUUGGUUUCAAACGGAGCCUCUUGGGAUUGAGACUAUCCGGCGGAUUCGUGGGCUCGAAAUCUUUGCCGAGACCCACGAUCAAGGCUCCUGUGACGAUCCCGCAAAGGGAAACUGGACGUGGGUCGAGCUAGCGAUUCUCGAAAAUGAAUUGGCUCAGUCACCCAGGAAGGUCAAUGACAUCGAGUUCGUUUGGUACGAUCAUUCCAUAAGGCACGAUGAAGAGUCUGAGGAAGAGACUGGGAAAUACAAGUGGCGGCAUGGCAACGUUUUCCGCAAGAAACACAAGAUCCUGCGUUUGAUGGAGCCCGGCAAUUGUAUCGCAGUUCGUCUCUGCUCCCGUUUCACAAAUUGGACAAUCUACGGCAGGGGCGGAUAUCUCGUCAUCGAUAUUGACAAUGACGCUAUCCCACGUAAGCCUGUCAACCUACCACACGUCAACGAUGUUACCGAGAAAGUCAAAAUGAUGCAUGAUGCCUUCAACAGCGUCAACGAAGCAACGCAAGCAGCGUUCCAACCCUCUCCGCCACCUGUUACAAAGAGAAUUCAUCGUGCUGAUUCCGUGCUUGGUUGGGAGCGGCCUCUGCGAGUUCUUGCUCUCGACGGGGGUGGAGUCCGCGGAUACUCGUCCCUGCUUAUCCUGAAGGAGGUGAUGGCCAGGAUGGGCAAUCCCAAGCCAUGUGAUGUGUUUGACAUGAUAGGUGGCACCAGUACUGGCGGUUUGAUCGCUAUCAUGCUGGGUCGUCUCCAAAUGGACGUUGACGAGUGUAUCAAACACUACGAAAAGGAUAUGAUAAGGAUCUUUGGGAAGAAGGAGAAUGAAGCUUGGCUGUCGAAAAAGGUGCGAGGAGUAACGGAGGGUAUAAGCACUGUGGUCGAAGGGCGAAGUCAUGACGCCGGGCCAUUGGAAGAUACCGUCCGAAAGCUUGUUUCGGAGAAGCUCAGGGAUGAGAAGGCGAUGUUGCUCGACGACAGCAACAAAUGCAAAGUGUUCGUCAUGGCCUUUGACAAGAAAAAGCCCAACAACAGUGGUCCAGUCUACCUCCGUUCAUAUGCGAGUAAGGAAAUCUUCCUUUCUCAAAUCAAAAUCUGGGAGGCAGCUCGCGCGACCUCCGCGGCCCCGACAUACUUUGACCCUAUGAAGGUUGUCGAUACAUCCUCCAAGGAGAAGCCUGUAUACGAACUCAUAGAUGGCGGGCUGGGUGCCAACAAUCCACUGGGAUGGUUGUGGAAUGAAGUCAUUCGUGUCUACGGCCCAACACGGCCAACCGAUUGCUUCCUCAGCAUCGGAACAGGCAUACCGGCAAGCCAGAUGCUCGUCGACCUUGGAAUUGCCAAAGGAGGACUGAAGAAUAUCGAGAAAUUCAUGGGCGUGAUCUCUAGCAUCGCGACGAACACCCAAAUCACGCACAUCCUCUUCGGCACGCUCAUCAACUCGCUCGCGCCAGUUGCGGGGAAUCCCCCAAAGUACUGGCGGCUGAAUGUCGGACAACAUGGUCAAGACAAAGAGCCUGACGAAGCCUACCUUCAGAAAGAUGCCGAUCUCCCGGCUAUGGAUGAUUCCGGAAAGAUCAGUACAAUCAGAAACAUGACGAAGGACUAUAUCAUUAAGGCGACGCUGGAUAUCAGUGCCUCCGCCGAGGCGUUGAGCAGAAAGGAGUCGACUCUGGAGUGA